ACCUUACCAGCAUUUGUUAUGGAAGAUGUCAUACGUGAGAGGAGCUAUGAUAACUACGUCAAAGUCAAUAAUGUUGAGCUUUGCUAGGGCACCUACCCUUCUGAACAACCUCAGAGUGAGCCAGCGGUUACACCGGCUGCCUCAAAACACCACAGCCGGGCUCCAGCGCUUCAGUAGCACCUCAGCCCAGGAGAAGCCAGCGGUGUCCAGUCCAUCUGGGGAUAAAAUACACCUCACUGAGUCAUGUGUGAAGAGACUAGGGGAGAUCAUGGAAAAGGGCGAGUACCUGAGAAUACAUGUGGAGGGAGGAGGCUGCUCCGGGUUCCAGUACAAGUUUUCUGUUGUUAACAGUAAGAAUGAAGAUGACAGAGUGUUUGAGCAGGGAGGAGUGGGCAUUAUCGUGGACCAGGACAGCCUGGAGUUUGUGAAAGGAGCCACGGUGGACUUCACCCAGGAGCUGAUCCGCUCCACCUUCCAAGUGCUCAAGAAUCCUCAAGCUGAUCACGGCUGCUCCUGUGGCAGCUCCUUCUCUGUCAAACUAUAACCCUGCUUCCCUGUUACCUGCGUUUAAUAUUACACUGAUUUACCAAUUUUUCAGGUACACAUGUACAAUAUACAAUAAGAUAUUAGAAAGAUGUAAGCAUAUUAUAUUACAACCAGUUACCAUAGGGAUGAAUCCACUCCUCUCUUACAGUGUCACCAAAAACUGGUAUAAUUUUUUUCAGUGCAAUUAUAUAUAUUAUAUAUUUGAUAUUAUUAUGUAAUAUAUAUCAAUAUAUAUAUUAUUUUUAAUAGUAAAUGUGUACCUAAUAAACUGGUAACUCAGGGUAUUAUGGUAUAUUGAACUACACUGAUAUUUUGAAUUCCCAAUUGAAACUGCUAAUAACUACAUAUUUUGUCAACAAUGAAACUGGUAGAUUAUCUUUUGCUUUUCUUUUUUUGGGGGGGGGCUGUGAAAUUACUUGAACUGAGUGAAAGGCAGAGGUAUUGAUUAAUAAUUACCGAUAGCGACAGUCUUACUGAAAGCAGAGUUCACAGUAUUCAACUGUAGUUUUUUGUGACAUCAAACAAAACUCAGAUAAUUCAGCACUUAGAUUUGCCUUUGUAUGUAAAAUGUGUAUAUAGGCCAUAUCUAUGAAAAUAAAGAGCUAUGUUAUAUUUGCUUAAUCUCAAAUAAAACUGUGUGAAUAUCA